UAAACGCCAGCUGAAGUGAGACUGGCUCGGGAUGCGUUGGGUUGCCAGGUUGGACAGAGGUCAACCGUUUACCUGCUUUAUUAUUUGGAUUUUUUUAACAGGAGACUAUCCCAUUUUGAUUGUACUGUACUAUGUUUUCAGACUUGAAAUUUGUCAGAAUAGAACAGAACUGUCAGAAUAGAACAGAACUGUCUCUUUAAGAAACCCGGAAGCAGUUACUUUCGACGUGCUCAAUGUUGUGGGUCGUGUCCCCGAAACAAAUAUUGCUCCCUCCCAACGAUGCUAAGCCGGGCUGCCGUCUGUGCCUCAUACCAAAGUGCACUGUCUCUUUAAGAAACCCGGAAGCAGUUACUUUCGACGUGCUCAAUGUUGUGGGUCGUGUCCCCGAAACAAAUAUUGCUCCCUCCCAACGAUGCUAAGCCAGGCUGCCGUCUGUGCCUUUCGUGCCAGCCUGAAGAGCUGGCGACAUCGGACUGUCCUGAAAGCUGCUUUUCGGGCCUCGGACUUCGGCGUCUGCCGUUGGUCGUCUUCUUCAGCAAGUGGAGCCGUUACUGGUAUGGAGGAAAUACUGGCAAGAGUCGUAUCGCCUUUACCCACAUACGAAACAAGAGAGAAAUCUCCCCCUCCUCCAGAAGCCAACAGCUUGGAGUUCAUGCACUUCUACAGAAGUCUCGACCAGGAAGAGAAACCCGAUUUCCUGGCGAAACUGUCACGAGACUUUGGAGUGGAUCAUAAAAGCGUUUCGGAGUUGGCUGGGAAGCUUCUGGAUUCCCAACUCAGGGACUUGGCGACCAUUUUGCAGGUCGAGGACAGACUUCGAUACAGCUUGACUCCCCGCUAUAAACAAUUGCUUAACCACAUAAGCAGGGUGGAAGGGGGAGUGAAGUUUCUGGUGGACCUUCGGGCCGACGUGCUCGAAAUCAUCUCAUCAAGAAGUAGCGAGAGCCCGCACUUGAGGGACCUAAAUGGAACACUGAAGAGCUUGCUGUCCGAGUGGUUCUCUAUAGGUCUGCUCCGACUAGAGCGUAUUACCUGGCAGUCACCCUGUGAGAUCCUACAAAAGAUCAGCCAGUAUGAGGCUGUGCACCCAGUUCGAAACUGGGCUGAUCUGAAGCGCAGAGUGGGGCCAUACCGUCGUUGCUAUGCCUUCACCCAUGCUGCCAUGCCUGGGGAGCCUUUGGUCGUGCUGCAUGUUGCCCUCACAGAAGAAAUCUCAGACAACAUACAGAGUAUUGUUCGCGAGUUUUCCACCCUUGACCUGGAGGAAGAUGUAAACAAAGUCAAUGCAGCAAUCUUCUACUCCAUCUCCUCCACCCAAGCUGGUCUACAAGGUGUUGAGCUGGGAAACUAUCUCAUCAAGAAGGUGGUGCGGGAACUGCAGAGUGAGUUUCCCCACAUUGCCCAGUUUUCCAGCCUCUCGCCCAUCCCAGGCUUCUCCUCAUGGCUCCAAGGCCUCCUCAGCCAAUACCGGAAGGAAGGCCGUGGCUUGGACCUCCUAACUGAGCAGGAGUGGCAAGAAGUGGAGCGAGCCACUGACUUAUCUCCGAGCACCAGUGCUAUGGAUGCCCUCCGUAAGUUCAUUGCCACAAGCGAAUGGAUGCGUUCUGAACAUCUCUCUCGUUUCCUGGAGCCAGUCCUGAUGCGACUAUGUGCCUGGUAUCUCUUCGGGGAGAAAAGGCGGGGUUAUGCACUUAACCCAGUGGCCAACUUCCACCUUCAAAAUGGCGCUACCAUGUGGCGCCUUAACUGGCAUGCUGACACCAGCCCAAAGGGUGUGGCAAACUCCUGCGGCAUUAUGGUGAACUAUCGUUACUUCUUAAACGAGACGCCGAAAAACAGUGCACUUUACCUGCAGAAUAAAAUCGUCGUGGCAUCGGAUCAAGUUCUCGGAUUGGUGUCGCAGUUUCAGAAGAACAGUAAACUCUGAAAAAGAGACCAUGCGCAAUUGUGCAUACGACUCCGUCGAAGAGCAACAGCCACAUGAGGAAACAAUCUUGUUUGGUUGAGAGACAGCUUGGUGAGAAGACAUCAGCUGGUACUGUUUGCCCAUCUGUUAUUUGAAGUACAUUCAUAGGCUAGGUUUUUGCAUCUGUGCUAGUCUUCCCUGAUGAUGGGAGACAGAAGCUAAUGAAGCGCCCUGCAUCCUUAUACCGUCGAGCAUGUUUCGGGAUAACAGUGUGUGUAAUGGGGAAGUACGAGCAACGAGGCUGUGCGGCUACUGGAAUAAAUGAUCCUUCCACACUCUUUGAAGGGAGCACGUAGGGUUUCAUCUGUAUGUCGACAAACACCAGCUGUUGAACUCCAGAUACUUUACAGGUACACAAAUGAAUUCUGACUGGAAAUAUCCUCCAAAAACUGUUUGUGUGAAUAAUUAUCACAUUUACCAUGUACCAUGACAUUCAUAAAAAUGUUUCAAUGAACAAUUCUCCACUUUAGGGAUCAUCUCACAUGUUCGUGGUGCAAGAUGUGAGGCUUUUAUUUUCCUGUCACUGUCGAACUCAGAGAAGGGCAGAAAUGGAUGCAAAGGAAUGUCGCCGUAUAAAUCAUUCUUUUGAGCAGUGUACUAUGUCAGAACGACAAUAAACAUGGAACAGGACUUUAAAACCUCCGUAUGUCUCAUGACCUUCACAGGUCACCAAUCCCCUCGGUGCAGUUUCCCCCUUUUUCUUUGGCUAAUUUUGCUGAGACGCACAGCACCAAGCUCCCCGAGAGAGCCACAACAGCUCAUUGUUGUCAAAUAAUACAUCAUACAGUUGACUGCGAAAUGACAUUUUAUGUCUCCAAGGAGCCCAACUUUGUUUGCUUUUUUUUCUUACCCUGCCUUUCUUCCUCCUUUUUCUCACACGUUGCUGUUUUUUUGUCCUGAAACUAAUGGAGUGAGAAAUCAAAUUAAAAGUAAAUAGUUAGAUUGAUGGUGUUCCGUUGUGAAGAAGUGGGGAGGGGAAUUUAAAAAAACAAAAACCCAAAAGCAUUAACAAGGAUGCUGUUGAGAGACCUGUUUGCCUCUUCGGAUUCGUGAGGCGCUCCAUGCACGUGUUGAGGGGGCACAAAGAAACACAAAGACGUCUGUGACGCUGUUUGAUAAUUGAGGGGAAUGAACUGUGUCAAUGGGUUUCCAUGGGGGGGAAAGAAGCAUUGCCCUUUUCGACACCUUCCCUUCAUUUGAGUCACCUUUGCCCCAAGACGUCCAACAUCAAUGAACACACAACAGUUUUGGAAGAAAUGUAACUAUUUUUUUUAAUUAUGGACAGUAAUUAAUCAUUGGUGGGGGGGGGGGGGGGGGGGAAUCAUAGUAUGCGGUACAGUUAAAUAGUAAUUAUUUUUUUGUUGAACUUGUCAGUUUGGCAUUUCCCAUAGGACAAAGAAGACAAAUUGCUUGUUCAGUGAAUCGUUACAGAAGUGAAAGUUGAUUUAUCGACACAUCUCGUCCCUCCCAAUGAAAUUCUACAAGCCUCCUCACUGGAGGCAGUUAAUAUAUGCGGUCCACCUGAUAGCAGGGUUCAAAUUGUUUGAAUGUGAUAGUCAAUUUGAUUUCGUGUUUAAGUUGAUUUUUAAAAAUACUUUUUUAAUAAAAGAAAUGUGUAUAUGGGUCUUCAAUUUGAGCUAAUCGUCACUAGGGUUGCGGGCUGCUGGAGCCUAUCCCGGCUAUCUUCGGGCGGGAGGCGGGGUACACUCUGAACCGGUCGCCAGCCACUCGCAGGGCACAUACAAACAAACAACGAGCAAUUUAAAGUCUUCGAUCAACCUAGCACGCAUGUUUUUGGGAUGUGGGAGGAAACCGGAGUGCCCGGAGAAAAGCCACGCAGGCACGGGGAGAAGAUGCCAACUCCACACAGGCGGGGCCGGGAUUUGAACAUUUGACUUUUCGGGUUUUGGACACAUCUGUGAGGAAACACUUUCCACCAGAUUACAACUGAUUACUACUGUUUGGCGCCAUCGAGUUCAGUAAUUCAGACAAAAAAUAUCUUAAAAUAGGAAGGGUAUAUAUACAUCGAUAUACAUGGUUCGAUCCUCAUCUCUUGUUGAGAAGAAUUUGCUCUCCAAAUGAAGCAAAUCCUUUUUUUUUUUUUUUUUGCUGAGAAGUGAGAGAGGGUUGGGACAUUUUAUGUUCCAAAUCCCUCUUACUAAUGAGAACCUUUUUUUGUCUUUGUGCUGCUAAUUGAAUGCAAACAAUGGUAAUGAGAAAAUAAUGACGCACAUAUAUGACUGUGAGUCACAUAACCUUCAUACUGAUACACAAGUCACAUUGUGGAUCUUGGAUUUGCACUCAUUGAGCACAUCAUAAGAUACCGCUGCACACUUCAAUGCAAUAGCUGUGUCCAAAAAUCCGCCUUAGGUAAUAGUGUUGCGUUUCGAUUGACACUGUCAGAGAAGCGUAAGAAUAAGAACACAUCUUGAGCUUUGUAAGAGCUUUGUCAGAAAUUGAUAGUCAGCGUUGUUGGAUGUGUAACAUAAACAAAAGUUUUCACAGCAGUAGAGAUGUGUAAUUUGUUGGUCAUUUUCACGUGAGUAGCCGUUAAGAUUUGUGUUGCACGCUAUUUGUUUCACCAUCCAUUCAUCCAUCCAUUUUCUGUCGCGCUUCUCCUCACGCGGGUCGAGGGCGUGCCGGAGCCCAUCCCAGCCACCAUCGGGCAGGAGGCGGGGUACGCCCUCAACUGGUUGCCAGCCAAUCGCAGGGCACAUACAAACAAACAACCAUUCGCACUCACAGUCACACCGACGGGUAAUUUAGAGUCUCCAAUUCAUGCAUGUUUUUGGGAUGCGGGAGGAAAGCGGAGUGCCCGGAGAAAAGCCACGCAGGCACGGGGAGAACAUGCAAACUCCACACAGGCGAGGCCGGGGAUUGAACCCGGGUCCUCAGAGCUGUGAGGCUGACGCUCUAACCAGUCGGCCACCUGUAACAAAAUACAGAUAAUACUUAAUGUUUUGAUCAUAUGGGUGGAAGCAAAAUCAUGCAUUGUAAAAUUGCAUUAUACAUGAGUAGAAGGGUUUUCCAGAAUUUUGAGGUCAACUUUGGGGGUGCGUUUUAUACAUGGGUGCGCAUUAUACAUGAGAAAUUACAGUAAGUGAUUUUCCCGUGUUCCAAUAAGUUACAUAUCCAGUUCUAUGGUUUUAUCACACUUUUUCUCUCAUCGCCGGUCUCGUACUGAAGUUAGUGUCAUGCAUAAUGAUGGUCGUUAUAAAGCACACAGUAUUUCUUUCCAGACAAUUUGAGUUCAACUCCAAAUUGCCUUACUCCCAAAUUGUAAUGCAUUUUGUAGCCUUCAUUGUAUUUUCACAUAGAUGAGGUAAUGUGUUUGUCCUAAUCACUUUUCCAUGUAUUUGUUGACCCUUUAUACACGUGUAUAAUCAGUCAGUAUGUCAAUCUCUAACAUUGAAUAUUUGUGUAGCAAUUGAUGUUAGUGUUAAAAUGCUAAUAAUAAAAUAGCUUUAUAUAUAUAUAUAUAUACACUUUUUCCCUGCGUCAUUUCACAAUUUUACACACAACUUAAUUUUGCAGCUUAUUUGUUCUACUUUCAUUGUAUGUAUGGAUUACUUGGGUUGUUCCCAACAUCUGUUGAAAUUUUCCGGUCAACAGCACCUUCAAAGUAUAUUCAGUGAGAAAAAUGCUUGUGUUUAAUACUGACAUGUACACACACACACACACACACACACACACACACACACAUAUAUAUUUCCGUUUUCCUCUUGCUGCUUCAUGGUGUCGGAAAUACAAUCAAAUAGCUCGGUAAUGUCUAACCCUUGUGUCCUCUGUAUGAUGGUUGGCGGGCUGUAUGACAAUACAACAUUUAUUCGGUAUUCAUGUGAAAAUGUUUUUUGUGGUUGUAGUUUGCAAACGUGUAGAAAAUGAAAGCAGAAUGUUUGAUACAGGUCUUGUAUUAAAUCUCACCGGAUUUUA